CCUCUGAAAUUGAAGUGCAACGCAUUCGGGUUCGUGCUUGGCUGACACGCGCAAUCCGAUUCGACUCAAGUCGAUCAAGACUCGAUUCGAUUAGAUCCAACUCGAUACGAUCCAAUCCGAUUGGAUCGAACACCAUUAGGCUGAAUCGAUUUAACUCCAUCCGAUUUGAUUCGAUCAUCCACAGAGUUCUAUUUCUCUCUCUCUCUCUCUCUCUUUCACACACAAAUACGCGCGCACAUAUGCACACACAUGUAUAUGCACAUGCAUACAUACUCCGUUAUGCAUGCUCUCAUUCUCACUCUAUCGGUUCUUUCGCUCUUUUGCUUUCUCGCUCUGUCGUUCUUUUCGUCGAGUGCCCUCUUUGUUAGCUCCACUCUGCUCACUGGUCUCCUCUGUGUACAUAAUGCACACCAGCCUCGCUACCGAUCUUAGAACAGUGGUCAACGCGUACACGAUCCUAAUCGGCAAACGGUGAAAUUUGAAGGAACCUUUGAAGGGAUUGCGAGUAAUAAGAUAAUUUGUAUAUCGUUGGAAUUUGCAGCGGUUAAACAAGUGUUGGCUGUGUUGUAAAUUCCCGUUUAUGUCACUUGUUCUGUGAAAGUACAAACAAUCGUGAUAGCCAUCGAGUUUCUAACCUCGACUGUAGUAUUACAAGUAUACAAGUGUGACACGAAAAAAGUAACGCGCGAAGGGACGUUCGAUUCGAGAUUCGAGUUUCGAAAAGUUGUCGAAGUUUCGAGAACGAUCCCACCGAAGAUUCGUCCAACGGAGGAGUUUGGCUUCGCGCGGUACCGACAUCAAGAAACGGGAGAGGGAUGAAGAGUAGGAAAUCCGAUGAUGAAAUUCGUGAAGAAAUGGCGAAACAUCGACGACACAUCGACGAAUACGAGUUGACGGAAUACAUGGACGACACGGCGACGGACUACGCCACAGAAAGGAAAGCGAGAUGCGUAAAAGUGGUCGGGGGUAGCGUGGAAGGGUACGACGACCAAGAAUCGAUCAGGCUGAUGCGAAUCGAGAGCGGGAGAUCGGUAGCCGUGCAACUUUUUCGACAACAGCAACAACUGGACGACCAGGAGAGGGAAUGGCAAAGGCAACGACAACGGCAACCGCAACGCCACCAACAGUUACCUUACGAAAAGCAUGGAACCGAAGAAGGCGGGGACAUGGUAGGCGGGCUGGAGGCGGGACAGCAGGAAAUUGAAAAUGGCGCGGUCGAAGAGGCGAGUAACGCCGAACCGGUGGUUACGAUUCUCGUCUCGACGGAACAGGAAAACGACGUCGACGCCGUUUACGGCAUGCACUCGCUCAACUUCGUCAGCCAGGAUUCCGACGUAGGAGAAAGGGGUUAUCGCGAUCAGGAUUCGGGCGAGUACGGGGGCGGCGAUUCCUCGAAACAGGAGGAGCAGCAACAACAGCAACAGGUCUCCCAACCCCUUUACCAGCAGCAUCACCAACAACGGCAGCGUAGGCAGCCACAGCCGCAGCAGGACCACCACCUCCACAACCCCCACUACGAUUACGACCACGACCACCACCACCACCACCACCAACACCAACACCAUCGGUCGCAGUACGUUCAACUAGGGGCGAGAGAAGUAUCGGUUACCGAGGGUGGGGAUAACGGACGGUCGGGCGAGGUCUGCGCGUUGUCGGAGGAAAAUCGGGCCGGCAGUCACGCGCUUCGCUCUACCAUGCAUCGUUAUGGUAGCGAGUCGCUCUCGCCGACUGCGACCGAUCACCACCACCACCAGCACCAUCACCACCACCACUCUCAGCGCCACCACCAUCAACAGCACCAUCAUCACCAACAGCAGCAGCAGCAGCAGCACUUACAAUCGGACGCGACCCAACAAAGUGUGGUACUCUCUUCGGCAAGUCAUCGUCAUUUGGAGGAACAAGAAGCGCAUUCGCUCUCGCACUCGCACUCGCAAUCGGUGCCUCAUCAAGAGACGGACGAGGAUACGGAGAGAACGAGUGGAAUUACCGCGGCCAUGAGAGGCGCUCGUGGAGAUUUUACCCUUGGUAUGUUGUUUCCGAAUCUUAGCACCACCGGUGCGGCCAGUUCGGCCGGCGACGUCGGUGCGAACGACGGCCAUCAACAACAACACGGUCACCAUCAUCAUCAUCAUCACCACUUGGAAGAAGUAUUACCGGAUGCCGCGUACCUCCAACAUCAGAUACGGGCGAGCGGAGGUGGUGGAGGUACCGGUAACGGUAAUAACGGCGGUGCGGAUGGCGGGGGCGGAGGUGGAGGUGGCGCGGAGGGUAAUGGUGGCGGUGGUACUGGUAGCGGCGGCGGAGGUUCACCGACUCUCCGAACCGGCAGUUCACCGGGUUCCAGUCGCAGUCCGCACGACGAUCAACAACUAUCGUCGCCUCAUCGUCAAGGACAAUCGGAGGGAGGAGGAUACAGCCCGAGCGAGCACGGUAGGCAAUCGUACGCUCACUUGACCGCUAUGCAACCACCGUCUUCGGUUCAAGCCAAUCACGGUCUCGGCCAGGACACCAGCGAUCGUGUAUCCGAUCAGCUAUACAUGGACUCGAUAUACGCUCAUCACACGGUAGGAACGGCUCAUCAUCAUCAAGAUCACGAGGCAGGCUCGUCGACGCCGCACUCGCCUACAGGCCCGCUUUCCAGUCCGUUGUAUCGUUCGAUGAGCAGCGUGACCGGUAUGGCCGCGGCUAGCGCGACGGGAACCGCUGGUGCUUACGGGCUUCCUUACAUGACCGGCAGCCCCACGGAAUUGACCGCCACGCCGCAGCAAUUGUGGAACGCGCAAGGCUUAGGGACGACAGGCCUUUCUACAAUUUCGGAGGAUUACGGCAGUAGUGGUAAAUCAUCGGGUACGGUGACUCAUCAGGCCCUGCCAGCCUUUUCGCAACCGUUCUGCGGCAGGCCAAGUUUUCGAGGAUACAGCCCGUCGUAUUCGACGCAGCAGAACACUACCGGAGUAGGAGCCACCGUAGAACCUUCGACCUGGAGCUACGGUUCGCCUUCGAACGACACCCUGGCCACUCAAUAUGCCGCUCCUUCCAGGCGACAACCCGUCGUCAACUCUCCGUCAACUCCGGCGCAACAUCAGCUGACAGCCACUGCCAGCCUUAGCGCAAUGCACAACAUCGAGGCGGAAUACUUUACGGAGGGCCGUGAGUGUGUAAAUUGUGGCGCAAUUUCCACUCCGCUGUGGCGACGAGAUGGUACGGGCCACUACCUGUGCAACGCGUGCGGUCUCUACCACAAGAUGAACGGAAUGAAUCGACCCUUGGUGAAGCAGCCACGGCGAUUGUCCGCUUCGAGACGAGUGGGCACGUCGUGCAGCAAUUGCCAAACGACGAUGACGUCGUUAUGGCGCAGGAACACGUUAGGUGAGCCCGUUUGCAACGCAUGCGGGCUCUAUUUCAAAUUGCACGGCGUGAACAGACCUCACGCAAUGAAAAAGGACAGCAUUCAAACCAGGAAGAGGAAGCCAAAGAUGAAAUCGACCGAUGCGACGGCGAUCGCCGGCACCGUCGCUUCCUGUACAGGCAACGGUGAGAUGGUUCUCGAGGGGGAUACGCGCGGUUUCGUCCCUGGACCCGGCGAUAUCGUGCCCAUGCAAGCUGGACGCGGACUUCGUAUGAUGGCACCGCGAGUCGAGUCCACGCGUUCAGGAACGUCUAGCACGAUAGAAUGCGUUUCCGCGAGCCACGCCACCUCAGCUCGUCAUAACGGAAACACCAGCAUCACCACCGCCAGCAACAACAACAGCAAUAACAACAACAACGCUAACAGCAGCAACAACAACGUAAAAUUGGAGCCAGGCACGUACGGAGAAUUGAGGAUGAACCAUACCGCAGUGCCUCAGGUGACCUACGGCAGCAACCUGUACGGCAGUCCACAGUCAGCCAGCCGAAUCGUCUCUUAUCAAUCGGAAAUGUAUUACGAUAUGAUCGCCUCGCAGCAACAACAACCGCAGCAGCAGCAACAACAGCAUCAACAUCAGCAGCUACUCGAGACGCACUCGCCGAAAGUCGAAUGCCCGUCGCCUCCUUGCGCGAAUCGAUCGCCGGUCAUGAUAUCCGCGAGUCAUUCUCCCGAUCAUCAUCAACUCGCUUCCCCUCAUAUCGUAACGCUCGGCAAUUCGUCGCCCAACACGGCGGCCACUAAAAUUAUCCUCGACAACGGUCAUCUGGACAGACCGACGGUCGUCUCGAUAUCGUCGUAAAGCUCGUUCGUCGGCCAACGUUCGACGUUGAGAUGCAUGUCCAGCGUAUCGUAAUUUCGAAGAAGGUGCGAAAAAGGAGAAAAGGGGGGGAACGACGUCUGUUCGAUGAACGAGCACGAGGACGAACGUUUAUCGCGGUUCGCGAGUCGAUGAGAGAAGAACGAAAGGAAACGAAAAAGGAAAGGAAAUGUCUUUCGUCGUUUCUUUUCGUUCCAACUGUCCUCUCGUUGGUGCGUGCGCUGUUAGAGCAGCAAAAACGAUAGAACGGACGAAAGACGCGUAAACGAAUCGUUCGAUUCGUUGAAAAGAGGUGGUCGCCUAGCGCGGGGCUAGUUACUCGUACCCUUCAUAGACCCGUUAUAAUCCUAAGAUCGGUGAAAGAAGUGGUAAAUAGGAGUACGUAGAAAGAGUUAAAGAUUUUACUGAUUAUAUGUUGAAAAGAUCGAUUUGAGAGAAUGGACGUUGGAUACUUUCUGUGUAAAUAGGAAAUACAUGUUAUUAGAAAGUAAUAAGCGUAGAUUCGAAGCGCGAACUGUGCGCGUCGAAUCGGAAGCGUUGGAAAACUAAAAAUAAUCGUUAUCUAUUGCGAUCUAAUUGUAGCAUCGCGUCACCUUGCGACGUUCAACUCGUUCAAAUGCACUACGACGUAUAUAUGUAUAUCACGAUACGAUGCAGAAAAUUGUAAUUUUAUAACGCGUUACGAUAAUGUAAUUAUGUCGGCGACUGAACAUCGACGAUCAGCGACUAAAUGUUGCAUGUUACGUUUCAACAUGUUGGUAUAUUAUCAAAGUGUUCUGUAUCGAAUCGAUUAUUUUUAAAUAAAAAGGGAUAUUUAAAUCGGAA